UAUCUUUUUCUUUAAUUGUUUAUUUUAUUGAAUCGUUUGCAGUGGUACUAGUAUAGCCAUUGUAUAUGUCUUUCUGUCUAAAUUUAUGGAAAUAUCUGUGUAAGUUAGCACGCUAGCUCGUUAGCCUCGGAGUGAAUGUCCUGUUGUGGACCACAUCUGGUCAUAAAGGAGUGAAGACAGAAGCUCAAUAGGUUUAAAGGACAUUGAUUUGUUUGAUCUCCCCUGUGUUUGGGCAGUAUGUCUGUCUCCAGUACACCCACCAGUAAUGAUGCCUGUCUGAGCAUCGUUCACAGUCUCAUGUGCCGUCGACAGGGAGGAGAGAGCGAAUCAUUUGCCAAAAGAGCCAUAGAGAGUUUAGUGAAGAAAUUGAAAGAGAAAAAAGACGAGUUGGACUCUCUGAUCUCUGCCAUCACUACGAAUGGAGCUCACCCUAGUAAAUGUGUGACCAUACAGCGCACGCUGGACGGUAGACUGCAGGUGGCUGGUCGUAAAGGAUUUCCUCAUGUGAUAUACGCACGACUGUGGCGAUGGCCAGACCUGCACAAGAAUGAACUGAAGCAUGUUAAAUACUGCCAGUUUGCCUUUGAUCUGAAAUGCGACAGCGUGUGCGUGAACCCGUACCACUACGAGAGGGUCGUGUCUCCGAGCAUCGAUCUUUCUGUACUUUCUCUGGGAGGUCCAGGCCCGAGCGGAGAGCUUAUAGUAAAGGAUGAAUUCGAGGGUCCGUCAUCACAUUCGGCUGCUGACGGUGGACACGGUAUUCAAACCAUCCAGCAUACUGCUGCUCCCAACGUACCGACUGACACUUUUAAUAGCCCCGCCCUGCUGCCACCAUCAGACUCAGCAAGCUCCGCCUCCACCUCUGCUUUCACCAGUAUGGCAGCCGGUCCACCCAAUACUCCCAGCUCAUGGCCCAGAGGUAGCAGCUUUCCCCCCAGCAUCCCUCAUCAAAACGGCCAUUUACAACACCACCCACCACUGCCUCACACGGGCCAGUACUGGUCCGUCCAUAAUGAGCUGGCAUUUCAGCCACCUAUAUCUACUCAUCCAGCUCCGGAUUACUGGUGCUCUAUUGCAUAUUUUGAGAUGGAUAUUCAGGUGGGCGAAACAUUUAAGGUGCCCUCCAACUGUCCCAUCGUGACGGUGGAUGGUUACGUGGACCCAUCAGGUGGGGAUCGCUUCUGUCUCGGCCAGCUGAGCAAUGUUCACCGCACGGAGGCCAUAGAGAGAGCCAGGCUUCAUAUCGGUAAAGGUGUUCAGCUGGAGUGUAAGGGCGAGGGGGACGUAUGGGUCCGCUGUCUCAGUGAUCAUGCAGUGUUUGUUCAGAGUUAUUAUUUGGACCGUGAGGCCGGACGAGCUCCGGGUGACGCCGUACAUAAAAUUUACCCCAGUGCCUAUAUCAAGGUGUUUGAUUUACGCCAGUGUCAUCGGCAGAUGCAGCAGCAGGCGGCCACCGCUCAGGCGGCUGCAGCUGCGCAGGCGGCCGCAGUGGCAGGAAACAUUCCCGGUCCUGGAUCAGUGGGUGGCAUCGCUCCUGCUAUAAGUUUGUCUGCUGCAGCAGGCAUCGGUGUGGACGACCUGCGUCGCCUCUGCAUCCUGCGCAUGAGUUUUGUAAAGGGCUGGGGUCCUGAUUACCCUCGCCAGAGCAUCAAAGAGACGCCAUGUUGGAUCGAGAUCCAUUUGCAUCGAGCUCUGCAACUCUUGGAUGAGGUUCUGCACACCAUGCCUAUAGCUGACCCACAACCACUAGACUGAUGUUCAACCUUUGUAUUCUUGAGCAUUUUUAUAAUGACCCCUGACCUUACCCAUGACCCUCCACAGCUGCUCGACAGUUUUGUCAUACCGUUGCAAUACGACAAAACACUAAAUCGGAUCAAACAGGAUUGUUUAUCUUUAAAUACUUUUGUGUUUGAUGUUCAAACAAACACCGAGAACUCAUACAGGACUGUGGUCAGAGAAACGCAGUAUUGCAUUUUAUCAAGUUAUGCCAUAACCUACACUACACUGGCCAUGUACACAUUGUAAUUUGCAGUAUAAUAAUCAGGUUUCAUUCAUGAAUUUCAAGCUCAGUUUGGUGACCGUUUAUCUAAGAAUGAUUAAAACAACAUUUCUGGAUGUAAAUUGUUGCAUUCGAUAGGACAGUUCAUGAGAAUGGUUAACAAACAUUUCACACAGAAAUUUGUUCUUGCAUUGUGCACAUGGCCAGAAUAUUGUUUUUUGUGUUACAUUAUUUUAUAAGCUAACAAUCACUUGUUUAUAUCAAUCAAAUGGUUACUUUAUACUACAUGUAAAAGCUUUUGUAUCCUUAUACUGAUUGACUGCGUAUGGGCUACGUCUCAAUAUUAUCAACCGGUUCUCAGUUUUCCAGACUCUUUUAGAUAGCACAAAAAAAUGUAAAUUCUUAAGGUGCUCUCAAAUGUUUAUUGUCAUAAAAAUAGCAGUCUGAUCUCACAAGUUGACUAAUUUGAAUGAAGUAAAUCAUACAAAAACUUGAGUAUCCUUAAAAAACCUCCCCUAACCCCAGUGUGACUCACAGGGGCCAAAGCAAAUUGUACAGAGACAUACAAACUGCCAUGAGAAAGCAUUGGAUGUAUACAAUUUCAUCCCUAAACAGUAAUUGCUUUUUUUAGAGUCUUGUUUGUGUUUCUUUUACCUUACUGAUGAUUGUUCAUUUUCCCAUGAAGUAUUUUUCAGAUCACAUAAGGCAAUAAUAGUAUUAAUUAAAUCUAAGCGCAUGUAAUGGCAUACGACUUUAUUAUUUUUGAAAUACACUUUGGGGUGGUUUCCCAAACAGGGAUUAGCUUAGGCCAGCACUAGGCCUUAGUUUAAUUAGGAAAUAUAACUAGUUUUAACAACCAUGCCUUACUAAAAACAUUACUUUUGUGCAUUUUAAGACAAAAUGUACAACUUUCAACUUGUUUUCAGUUUGGACAUUUAAUUUCCGAUGUGAUGAAUUAACCUGAAAAAAUAUCACCACUGUGUAGAAUCCAAACCCAAAAUAUUGAUGAGACUGCUAACAAAUUUGAGUAGUUACCUGGAGGACAAAAAAUGACUUGAGUGUAAAUAAAUCAAUAUAGAAAUACAUAAAUAAAUAAAUGAACACAUACAUAAAUGCAGAAAUAAGUAAUUAAUUAAAUGCAGUUAAUAAAUUAAUGUAGAAACACAAAAAUAAAUGAAUUAUUAAAAACAUAAAUGCAUAAAUAAAUAAAUUAAUAAAUGUAGAAAUACAAAACCAAAUAAAUUAAUAAACACAUAAAUGCAGAAAUAAUUAAUUAAAUGCAGUAAUAAAUAAAUUAAUGUAGAAAUAAAAAACAAAUAAGUUAAUAAAAAAAUAAAUGUAGAAAUACAGAAAUAAAUAAAUGAACAUAUACAUAAAUGCAGAAAUAAGUAAUUAAUUAAAUGCAGAAAUAAAAAAUGUAUAAACAAAUAAAUGCAGAAAUAAAUAAAUGUAGUAAUACAUAAAUAAAUAAAUUGGUAAAAUGCAUAAAUAAAUAAAUUAAUAAAUGUAGAAAUACAUAACCAAAUAAAUUAAUAAACACAGAAAUAAAUGAAUAAAUACAUAAAUAAAAAAAUGCAGACAUAAAUAAAUAUAUAUUGUUUUGUCAGAAGUAUUAGCUUUUUAUUAGCUUUCUUGUUGCACCAUUUCUGUAAUACUACACUUAUUUGUACAUUUAUUCACACUCAAGUCAUUUUCGUCCUCUAUAGUUACCCAGAUUCUUACUAAAUAAGAUACUUAUAAGAAAUAAGAUACUUAAUAAAUGCAAAACGUGACCCUGCCUUUUUUAUUGAUUUACUGUUUUUCUACUAUAUAUAUAUAUAUAUAUAUAUAUAUAUAUAUAUAUAAUCUUGAUAUCUUUAAUAUUGACUGAGUAAAUGAUGUCAAAAGAUUGGAAUUAAUGAUUGAUGCUCCUAAUCUUAUUACAUUUAGACUUUGGAAUGGAUUAUCAGUCAAUAUUAAAAGUAUUUUAAUAUUCAUACACAACCUGUUUACAGUACAUACUACACAAUAUGCAGAAUGCUAGUAUCCUGCCUGUGUGUCAAACAAAAAAAGUGUUUGUGUGCGCAUUGAGUGACAGACGCGUUAAACCGGUUGUUCUGGUGUAACUGAUGUUAUUUACCUCCAUCAUCUGUUUUAACUCUUAACAUUUCUAUCAACAGAAUCGACCUUAUUGGUGUUUUAAAAUCCAUUCACUGUGGUAAAAAUCACUCUGAGACUUAUUGCUAUUUGACAAAAAAAUUUGAAUUUGUAUGAAUCUACAAAGCAUCAUGUUUAUCCUGACUAUUAAAUUUCUUCCGAACAAUUUA